AGGCCCAGCCCAGAGAAGGGACAUAGGCACCCGGAAAAACACCUGUCCGGACUUUCCGGCGCUCACGUGCCACCUGGCCCGGGCUUGCCCAGAAUUGGCAGUGCUGCAGAAUCAGGCCGGUCGGUCGCAGUGGCCAGAGAGUGGGUUCCAGCUACCUUUCUCCGUCUGCCUGCAGUCACUGCCGGCUAUAUCUCUUCUCCUCCCCCUUUGCGUUACUCCUCUUUUUCCUGCCACGAACAUCACCAUCAACGCCCUCUUACGACCUGCGACCGCGCGUUUCGUUCUGCCGAUACCUAUGUACGGGUGCUCCAUACGACUGUGCAACGGAUUCCAUUACCCUAGGAUAAUCGCCCAAACGACUUUUCGGCUCAGGUGACCAGCGAAGCAAGUGCCCGCUCAGCAACCGACUCUUUCCCUGUACGAUUGAUUGCGUCUCGCCACGAGACCGUUGCGACCGCUCACAUUUCGACCGGAAUACUGAAUUGGAAACCAACGCUGGCUAACUGAGGUUUUCUCGACUGAUGGUGCGAAAGGUGUCGAGGUGAUUUGGAUUUGAGGAGGGAUUCACACAAAGGACUGACUUUUCUCCAACUGGUGUCGGCCUCUUUGGCAUUGUACUCUUUCUCUACACUCCGCAACUCUUAUUUCCUCGUUGUCCAAGUAAAUCAGAAUUGAUUUUCAUUACUCUUGAGAGGUGCUAAGCGCAAGAGACAUCACACACAAGCAAGAAGAAAAAUUACAAGCAUCAAGUCUCUCUCUACUCACGUUGAGGUAGCGUUGCAUCUUCGUGGUAUCCCGCGAAGUCUUCAUCGCCACUCAAAUCAAAUAUUUGAUUGCGCACUUUACUGCUGCCAACGUCUAUAGCGGUCUACACCUGUGACCUUACCAAACGAGACAUCAUGGCGUCCUCCGUGUUCUUCAAGUUCAAGUCUCAAAAGGAGCCGACGCGAGUUGAGUUCGAUGGCACCGGUAUUUCCGUCUUCGAGCUGAAGCGCGACAUCAUCUUGAAGAGCGGCUUGGGAGAUGGUACCGACUUCGACCUUGCCAUUUACUCCGAGGAUGGCAGUGAGGAGUACGAUGAUGAUACGACUAUUAUCCCCCGAUCUACGACCGUAGUUGCUCGUCGCCUUCCAGCCGCCAAGCCUGGUGCAGGCCGAGGCGCCCGAUAUGUCUCUGGCAAGAUGCCCGUUGCUGCGAAGAAUUCCUCCCGCAAAGAACAGACCACCAAAUCAGCCACAGCCAAGGCCGCAUCCAACGCCAUCAGCCAGAUGAACAAUGCCAUGACCGAAGAGGAGAAGAUGGCAGCCAUGUUCCAGGCUCAAACCGAGUCUUGGUCAGCCCAACAGGAGGAAAUGUCAAACCAAACUCCUGUGUUCAAGCCAGGUUCUAAGAAGCCAGCAAACGUGCCUGACCAUGACCCUCCCAAUGGCUACAUUUGCUAUCGCUGUGGAGAGAAAGGUCACUGGAUUCAGUUGUGCCCAACGAACGACGAUCCAGAGUUUGACAAUCGUCCACGUGUGAAGCGCACGACUGGUAUUCCGCGGUCAUUUUUGCGCACAGUGGACAAGUCGGUUGCCCUCGCCCAGAGUGGUGACGACGAGACCAAGAGACCAUCAGGCAUCAUGGUCAAUGCCGAGGGAGAAUUCGUGAUCGCUGAGCCUGACAAGGCUUCAUGGGAACAGUUCCAGGCCAAAGCCAAGUCUUCAGCGUCUGCUGCCAAGGCAAUCGCUAUGGGAGACAAAGAAUUGCAGGAGCAGGGACUUGAGUGUCCUAUCGACAAGAAGAUGUUCAUAGACCCAAUGAAGACCCCGUGCUGCCAGAAGACGUAUUGCAAUGAUUGCAUAACCAAUGCUCUCAUCGAAUCGGACUUCGUCUGCCCUAAUUGCUCUACGGAAGGUGUCUUGAUUGACGACCUCAAGGCUGAUGAGGAAGCUGCGGAGAAGAUGAAGGAGUUCCUCAAGGAGAAGAACGAUGCAAAGAGCCCGACAGCAGCCUCGCCGCCGCCGGCCUCGUCGCCCAAGGAAAAUGGAGAGACAAAGACAGAUUCAGCCAACGGAAACGCCAAAUCGCCCACAUUCCAAAAAUCCCCUAUGGCCACGGUAGCAGCUCCUGCCUCAGCGCCAAUAGGCCCGAAGACCGAUGGCACGCCAAAGUCGACCUCAGCAACUCCUGCCACCGCUCCGUCCGGCCCCGCCGCUGAGCGCGCGUCGUCUGUGGAGUCCAACUCCAAGAAGCGCCCUGCUGAUGAGUUGAUGGAGAACCCCAAGAUUCCGAAGGCUCCGAAGGCGAUGCAGAAGCAACAAGAGCAACAGCAAGCGAUGAUGAACGGCAUGAACGGCAUGGGCAACAUGGGCAUGGACCCGAUGAUGGGUUUCGGCGGCAUGAACAUGAUGAACGGCUUCAUGGGAAUGCCAAACAUGCCCAAUAUGCCAAACAUGCCAAACAUGGGUAACAUGAACAUGGGGAUGCCAAUGAUGGGCAUGAUGAACCCGAUGAUGGGUAUGCCCGGCUUCAACCCCAUGAACGGCGGCGGCUUCCCUGGUAUGGGCGGCAACAACAACAUGUACGGCAACAACUUCGGCGGUAACAUGAACGGCAUGAAUCAUAUGAAUGGCAUGAGCGGCGGAAUGAAUGGUGGCGGGAUGAACGGCGGCGGCAUGGGUGGCUAUAAUCAGCGGCAACGCCACAACUUCACACAGCCGAGCAACGACGAGGACGCGUACUUCCGAAGGCCGGUGAACCCUCACCGUCACCAGAACCGGCAGAAGCGUGUCCGCCCCAGCGACUACAGGGAGCUGUGAGCGCCUCUCUCAAUCGACGGUUCCUACAAUGGCCAUCCACGACUUCUUCGAUUGUAAAACUAGACGACACGCAUUGCAUUACGGGGUCAUUCAUCAUUAUCAUUCUGGAAAAACACGGCAUAACACUAUCCUCACACAGCCAAGAGGAAUUUGGACAAGGCUUUUUCAUGGUCUGCAGGGCGUUCGGGAACGGGGUAGGGGCGGACUUCUCUAAUGUGCCUGGGACGGGAAGGGAAUCAAUUGGACUUUACUGUCGCUGCCAUAGUGCAGAACAAUGGGGCAGGGGAUAAUUGGGAUAAUGAAGCUACGCCGUCAGUGCUCAGCGUUAAGGGCACUCUGAUAUCACGC